GGAAUUGGAGAGUGAGUGAGUCAGUGCCCAGCUCAUCAUCCCUCAUAUCAACUGAGCAAACAAACCAGCGCGGGAGAGACUGGCUGGGUAACUGCUUUGUUGUUUGUCUAUUUCUUAACCCUCCCUCCCUCCACCUCAACAUUGUUACAUGAGGUCACCCUGCAAAUACCAGCCAUGAGAGCCCAAAUUGAAGUGAUACCGUGUAAAAUCUGUGGAGAUAAAUCUUCAGGAAUCCACUAUGGAGUCAUCACUUGUGAAGGAUGUAAAGGUUUCUUCAGGAGAAGCCAACAGAAUAAUGCUGCAUACUCCUGUCCUCGUCAGAGGAAUUGCUUGAUUGAUCGGACCAAUCGGAAUCGUUGCCAGCAUUGCCGACUGCAGAAGUGUCUUACUCUUGGAAUGUCACGUGAUGCUGUGAAGUUUGGUCGCAUGUCCAAAAAGCAACGUGACAGCCUCUAUGCAGAGGUACAAAAACAUCAACAACACCAGGAGCAGUUGGCAUCAAAGGAAGAUUCUGAGGGACUAGCACGAGUCUACACAAACAGUGUCAGUAGUGGACUGGGAGAUCUGGAUGACAUUAGCAGCACGUUCUCAGACGGGCUCCUGUUUGACUUUCCACUGACCCCUGAUGGAGGAAACAGUUUUUAUAACUUUGAUCUUUCAACCUCUGCUGAACCAUCUCCAGACCAGUCUGCUAUUGACAUGAAUGACAUUAAACACAUUAAACAAGAGUCCAUAUAUGAAAUCAUGCUGGAACCCAGUUUGUUCUCCUAUCCUUCACCAGAGAGUGGUCAACUAGCCUCAGAAAUUUCAAUGGCAGAGAUAGAUCGGAUAGCGCAGAAUGUGGUGGAAUCACAUUCAGAGACUUGCCAGUACACAACUGAAGAGUUGAAGCAGCUUGCCUGGCAGCCAUAUACACAAGAAGAAAUCAGGAACUUUCAAAAUAAGUCCUGUGAGGCCAUGUGGCAGCAGUGUGCAAUCCAGGUGACAAAUGCAAUCCAGUAUGUAGUGGAAUUUGCCAAGCGAAUCAGUGGAUUCAUGGAACUGUGUCAGAAUGAUCAGAUUAUACUCCUUAAAGCAGGUUGCCUAGAAGUCUUAUUGGUUCGAAUGUGCCGAGCAUAUAACCCUUUGAACAAUACAAUAUUUUUUGAAGGAAAGUAUGGAGACACACAGAUCUUCAAAUCAUUGGGUUGUGAUGAUUUGAUCAACAUUGUCUUUGACUUGGCAAAAAGCUUGUGCUGCCUGCAUUUGACGGAGGAAGAGAUUGCAUUAUUCACAGCUGGCAUCUUAUUAUCACCAGAUCGACCAUGGUUGACAGAAGCUAGAAAAGUCAAGAAGCUACAGGACAAGAUUUUUGAGGCAUUGCAGCAUGUCAUUCACAAAAAUCAACUGGAUGAUGACAAGUUAUCAAAGCUGAUCUCCAAAUUGUCCAUGGUGAAGUCCGUAUGCAACCUCCAUGUGGAUAAGCUACAGCUAUUUAAGUUGCUACAUCCACAAACAGUGCACAACUUUCCUCCACUCUACAAGGAAGUAUUCAGCACAGAGGUGCAAUAUCCAGACUCCUCCAACAGCUAAGUUUGCCAGUUCUGUGCAACUCUGCAUUCCCAAAGUGAAAAGAAGGAUUUAAAAUUCCUGCAUCACCAAUUGCAAUAGCACUAGGAUGAAUGUACUGCACUUCAUAAGGUUUCACCGCAACAGUCAAAAGAAUGUAAAUACUUGGAUACUAAGUAGUGGAAAAAAAAACCCUUGUGCAUGACAUUUAAAAGCUGCUCCAUUGUGUUCAUGGACCAGAGUUAAUUCAAAAUUGCAAGACUGACCUUCCAAUGCUGUUUGUGAAAUCUGUUUCUGUUGGUAAAAAGAACUGUGGAUUAAAGGAGUAUAGAUAGUAUUUUAUCUGUAAUGCAAACCUAUAUAUUUUAUGAAGGGUUUUUGUUUUUACUGAGAUUUCAGUGAUUUCAGGGUUGCUCUUGUGGUUCAUCAUUGAUGGAAGAUUUAUUA